UAAUAACGGAGUGUGGUGAAAUCACUUUCGUAGCGCCCUGUGCUCAGCCCAGUCGAGUGUCCGCUACCGGUAUUUAGAUCUUAGACCAGUCUUCGGAACCAAAUUAAAGAACCAAAAUGGCAGAAGAGGCAAUUAAAAGUAAAAGGGAUGAACCCAAGCGCGCUCAGCGUGCAACAUCCAACGUUUUUGCGAUGUUUCGUCAGAGUCAGGUUCAGGAGUUCAAAGAGGCUUUCACAAUGAUCGACCAAAACAGAGAUGGUGUAAUCGAUAUUGAAGAUCUUAAGGAUAUGUACGGUAACUUUGGAAGAAUACCCCCAGAUGCAGAGCUCAAGGAAAUGUUGGCCGAGGCACCAGGACCACUUAACUUCACUAUGUUCUUAAACCUGUUCGGUGAAAAGUUGAGUGGCACAGACCCCGAGGAUACCAUCAGGAAUGCAUUCGCCAUGUUCGAUGAUGCUGGCAAGGGAAAACUUCCAGAAGAAUACGUCAAGGAUUUAUUACAAAAUAUGGGUGAUAAUUUUACCUCAGAUGAGAUCAAACAGACAUGGAAGGAAUCCCCCAUUGAGAAAGGCUUGUUCGACUACAAUGAAUUUGUAUCUAAAAUCAAGGGUAAACAAGACGAGGAGGAAAUGGCAGCAGCCUAGUCUAGAUGAGCAUCAAGUCUCACAUCAACCCACACUUCUUAGCCUCUGACCCUCCCCAUAGCCCCCGGGGACCCUCUCUGUGAUAGUACUGCCCCAGGGGCACGAACCACACUAAUCCAUCGACGCGAAAGCCAUAAAUGAUCCCGGGGUCUUAGGCAAAGAGGGGAUGCGUGUAGAUAAUAUUAGAUUCUAAAACCUUUCACCGGAAGCUCUCGGGCCAAAGAGUGUACAGCAUUCCAUUUUCUGAUUGGAUGUUAAUAAGCCAAUGGCGGCAGGGUUCAACUACCAUCACGACUCCCGGACUCCGGAUAGGAGCGCUCAAAGUCACUUCAGCUACAACCACGACAGCACCAAGGCGCAGACCACCUGCCCAAUUUGGUGCGCUUACGUAUGCCUUCAGAAUCACGCUACGGGGACUGGGUCUGAUGGCCGACCACCCCUGUGGUCCAUCCCCACAAUAUGUCCUGGGGAGGGACCACGUGACAGUGGUCGGUUUGUCAAACUCUGUCCUCUUCAUCUGUUGGCCCGGGAACUUCUGGUAUAAACUGCCCAGGUCUCUCUGUCUAUCUCUUUCUCUCUGUAGAACCUGUAGUCUACCCAGGGUCUCCCUUGGUCGAACUCUUUCAUCUCGUCAAGUCUGUGUGAACAUUUCAUGAUGGGGUUGGGCAUCAGGAUUUCUUUGAAUCAAACCCAGGUCAUAUAUAUGCUGUUAAAAUGUGUAUAAUUUUUGUUACAAGUCGGACCUGUCGUUGUAUCUCACUAUAAAAUGACAUGAAGCCUCUUGCACCAGUGGUGUGCAGCAGGCUUCUGCUUCACGGUAGAGCGAGGAUGCGGACCCGAUCUACUGUGAACCUACACCAUAAGACAUGGACGGUGUCUUCUUUGCAUGAGUUAACCCGAUGUGGAAUGUUUUUUGUGUCCUAUUUAUUUAAUAAACACCUCUGUGCACAGGGUCAA